AUAGAAGAAAAGAAAAAGUUCAUCAUAUUAUAAUAUUGAGGGAACAAGGGUUGCCAAGAAACUGCAAGCAAGGGAUAAUUCUUUUGUUGUGUCAUGUCGAUUUAUAUAAAGCAACUGUACUGAAUCUGAUGGAAGAAUUGUGGAGGAAUUUGAAUUCAGCAAAUUCUACUUCAAAUCUAAAAAGAAACCUGUAGAUAAAUGCUUGUUAGAUUAGCAAAUUAAAUCUCCAUAUACUUUCAUUUGGGGAAUUCUGUGCAAGCAUUAAUUUCUACUCUCUAGCUAGAAGAUAACAAACGAAAAGGAAACCAUGCAAGACACAGUGGUGGCAAAACGCUUGAAAGAUAUUUGGGAUGACUGGGGCAUCAGAUUGCUGGUGAUAGUGAGCUGUGGCAUGCAUAUGGUACUUACUCUCUUUGGAAGCACCCGAAGGCGCUUGAAAGCGCGUCAGAUUAUUGUGAGAUUCAUGAUCUGGUGUGCCUACCCUCUGUCAACUUUUGUCGUCGCUGUUAUCAUAGGUAAGCUCACUCUCAUAGGAGCCACUGAUUCUACUCAACAGAACACUGAAACUGAAUUGAGGGGCUUUUUAGCCCCAUUGCUUCUUGUGCAACUAGGAAGCCGAGAUUCCAUCACCGCCUACUCAAUCGAAGAUAAUCGAUUGGUAAUCAGGCAAUUACCCAACCUAUUAGCCCAGUUAAGUGCUGUGUUGUGGAUUCUUUUCAAGUCCUGGACUAAUUCUGUGAUUUCAUAUCUCUAUUUCCCUUUGUCACUGGCUGGAAUCAUCACCUAUGGAGAGAAUAUAUGGGCCAUGUACACAGCACUAAAUGGGAGUUCUGGCAUUACCAUUGCUGAAUUUAAAAAAGAGGCCAGUAUUUCAAAAAUUUAUGAAAACCUGCCUACAAAUAUUCCAAAUCUUGAAAUGAUAUUGAAGGCCUAUUACCGAUUUUUCUGCUUAAGGCCCCACAUUGAAAACUGGCUUUACAGACCCUUAUACCAAUCUCUUCACGACUCUCAAUCCAUUGAUGGUUACGAACCUCUUGAAAUCUUCAAAAUCACAGAUAUCGAACUGAGUUUCAUGUAUGAUGUACUUUACACAAAAGCUCCUAUCAUCUAUACACGGAUGGGUUUUGUUUUUCGUCUCGUCACUUUUCUAAGUUUGGUUUCCGCCACAAUUGUAUUCGCCUGUUUCUUCAAAGAUGCAUUCGUUUAUUACAUAAAUGCAGGCUUCACUUUCCUGGUUCUGGUGGUGAUUCUUAUUCUAGAGGUUUAUCAGAUUUACAUGCUGUUUUUCUCAGACUGGGCGAUAAUAAAGAUGAUCAAGCACCGCAACAAGCCAGUCGUGAUGCAGUUCUUGAGAAUAAUAGCUCCACGAUCAAGCAAAUGGAAAAGAUGGUCCAACUCAUUGGGACAAUUCAACCUGAUAUAUUACUGCCUUGACCAUAAACAUCUCUGUUUCAGUAGAAUCCUCAAGUUCCAGAACUUGGACACAGAUAUCAGAAAGUAUCUCUGCACAGCCAGCCAGGAAAUUCAAAUUGACUUGAAAGAAAUGUUGAUUAAAGAAAUGGGAGAGGUGGAUAAGGUGAGAAGAUCAAAACACACAGACAAGAGAGGUGAGUGGGCACUAAGCAGGUAUCCUGACGGAGACAUUUUCAAAUGGAGCGUGGUGGACAGAGAUUUCGAUAAGAGCAUCAUAAUUUGGCACCUUGCAAUCGAGAUCUGCUACCACUCAGAUGUUCGAGACCAAGAUUCAAACCCUGGAAUAAAGAUGGGAAGAUUGCUGUCAAACUACAUGAUGUAUCUUCUUGCCAUUCGAUCCCACAUGCUGUGCGUCACAACCUCGGAGAUAGUAUUCCAGUAUGCCUGCAAGAAACUCACCGCUUUUCUGAAAACUAGCGAUUCCUUAACAAAAGAUGUAAGAACAGCAUGCACCGAAUUGCAGGCACGAAACGUAGUUGAUGAAGAAUCGGAGGCUGCGGAAGAUAAGGAGACGAUGGUCACCAGGGGUUGGAAUGUACUGGGGGAUGCAAAAAUGCUGAGUGAGUAUCUAUUAAAAAGGGGCGGGGACAGAUGGGUGAUGAUAUGCAGUGUGUUGGUGGAGAUGCUUUGCUUUGUGGCAAGUAAAUGUCCGGCUGACUAUCAUUCCGAGCAGCUCCGGCGAGGAGGGGAGAUUGUGACUCAUAUCUGGCUUCUCCAACUCCAUAACACUGGCGGAGGAGGCAGUGUUGGAGACUAAAGCAGAAAGGAUAAAUCUUACUUCUUCAACAAGUAAUAGAUAAUUAGUAGCAUUCAUAUGACUAAUAUGUUUGCAUUGUUAAGGGGAUUUCUUUUGUCAAUAAACUAGGUUCUACAUAUAUAUAUAUAUAUAUAUACACACAGAUAUAUAUAUAUAUAUAUAUAUAAAACUAUGGAAGCAAUAAGUUGUGGAUUGAUUUGUAUGACCAAGAAUUAGGUGUUUUAAAACGUUGAGUUUACUUUUCAUU